AUGGCGAGCAGCAGCGGCACCGGGGCCGCGGCGGCGGCGGCGACGGCGAAUCUGAAUGCGGUGAGGGAGACCAUGGACGUUCUGCUCGAGAUUUCAAGAAUUUUGAAUACUGGCUUAGAUAUGGAGACUCUGUCUAUUUGUGUACGGCUUUGUGAACAAGGAAUUAAUCCAGAAGCUUUAUCGUCAGUUAUUAAGGAACUUCGAAAGGCCACUGAAGCACUAAAGGCUGCUGAAAAUAUGACAAGCUGA